CAGCGCUACAGUUUGUUACCACUGAAGCUGUGAGCUGUGCCAGGAGAGGUGGAUUUAGGUCAGCGCAAGGAUUGGACCGGCUGAUUGCAGCCCUUAACAUUGGCGAUUGCUGCACUCUUUUCCACCAUUUUUGGGGAGAUAAGAGGACACCCAAAGUAACAUUUAUUGAGGGAGGAAGAGUCAUUUUUCGUUCUAAUUAGCUCGUUUAUCAGCCUACCAAUUUACGGACAAUUUCUUAUUCGUAUCAUCGACAUCUGGCCUUUCGGUGAAAGCAUAUUUCACAGUUGGCAAGCUGUAUUUCUGCUGAAAGGUUUUAAUUUUAAAGAGACGGAGGCAGCUGAGUAAACAAAGUACAACUGACAAGAAGCCCACCAACCACCAUGGAUAACGCUCACACAAAGAGCGUUGAAGAAGUUUAUAGCCAUUUCUCCGUCAACGAAAGCACUGGACUUGGUUUGGACCAGGUGAAACGUCAAAAGGAGAAAUGGGGCUCGAACGAGUUACCUGCUGAAGAAGGGAAGUCUCUAUGGGAGCUUGUUGUUGAACAAUUUGAAGAUUUACUUGUACGAAUUCUUCUGCUGGCAGCUUGUAUAUCUUUUGUCUUGGCCUUGUUCGAGGAUGGAGAAGAAACAAUCACAGCCUUUGUGGAGCCUUUUGUAAUCUUACUCAUUCUUAUAGCCAAUGCCAUCGUGGGUGUGUGGCAGGAACGCAAUGCUGAGGAUGCCAUUGAAGCCCUAAAAGAGUACGAGCCUGAGAUGGGCAAGGUCUACCGCCAGGACAGGAAGACCGUUCAGAGGAUCAAGGCCAAAGAAAUCGUGCCGGGAGACAUUGUAGAGGUUUCUGUUGGAGACAAGGUUCCUGCAGACAUCCGUCUCUCUUCCAUCAAAUCUACAACCCUGAGAGUAGACCAGUCUAUCCUAACCGGCGAGUCCGUCUCUGUCAUCAAGCACACCGACCCAGUGCCUGACCCCCGAGCUGUCAACCAGGACAAGAAGAACAUGCUCUUCUCUGGCACCAACAUCUCGUCUGGCAAGGCUAUUGGUGUGGUGGUGGCUACGGGCGUGAACACUGAGAUUGGUAAGAUCCGUGACGAGAUGGCAGCCACUGAGCAGGAGAAGACCCCCCUGCAGCAGAAGCUGGAUGAGUUCGGGGAGCAGCUGUCCAAGGUCAUCUCCCUCAUCUGCAUCGCUGUGUGGAUGAUCAACAUCGGCCACUUCAACGACCCCGUCCACGGAGGCUCCUGGAUCCGCGGCGCCGUCUACUACUUUAAGAUCGCCGUGGCCCUGGCCGUGGCCGCCAUCCCCGAGGGUCUGCCCGCUGUCAUCACCACCUGCCUGGCUCUGGGCACCCGCCGCAUGGCCAAGAAGAACGCCAUCGUACGCAGCCUGCCCUCUGUGGAGACCCUGGGCUGCACCUCUGUCAUCUGCUCCGACAAGACUGGCACGCUCACCACCAAUCAGAUGUCUGUCUGCAGGAUGUUCAUCCUUGACAAGGCCGAGGGGAACAGCUGCUCUCUGAACGAGUUCACCAUCACUGGCUCUACCUACGCCCCCGAGGGAGAAGUGUACCAGGAUGGCAGACUAGUGAAGUCCUCUGCGUACGAUGGUCUAGUGGAGAUUGCCACCAUCUGUGCCCUGUGCAAUGACUCCUCUCUGGACUAUAAUGAGGCCAAAGGUGUGUAUGAGAAGGUUGGCGAGGCCACAGAGACGGCCCUCACCUGCCUGGUGGAAAAGAUGAAUGCGUUUGACACCGACAUCAAAGGCCUGUCCAAGAUCGACAGGGCCAAUGCCUGCAACUCUGUGAUCACGCAGCUGAUGAAGAAGGAGUUUACCCUGGAGUUCUCCAGAGACAGGAAGUCCAUGUCUGUGUACUGCACCGCCAACAAGGCCCGCUCCUCCCUCGGAAAGAUGUUUGUCAAGGGUGCCCCAGAGGGCGUUAUUGACAGAUGUACCCAUGUCAGGGUGGGCACCAACAAGGUUGCCAUGACCCCAGGCAUCAAGGAGAGGAUAAUGUCUACAAUCCGAGAGUACGGGACAGGGCGUGACACCCUGCGCUGCCUGGCUCUGGCCACCCGGGACGCCCCACCCAGGAAGGAGGAUAUGGUGCUGGUUGAUUGUGCCCGUUUCGCUGGUUACGAGUCUGGCUUGACCUUCGUGGGCUGCGUUGGCAUGCUGGACCCUCCCAGGACAGAGGUGGCUGCCUCCAUCAAGUUGUGCCGCCUGGCCGGCAUCCGAGUCAUCAUGAUCACCGGCGACAACAAGGGCACUGCCGUGGCCAUCUGCCGCCGUAUCGGCAUCCUGAGCGAGGAGGACGACGUUGACAAAAUGGCGUUCACAGGCCGCGAGUUUGACGACCUGUCUCCCCAGGCACAGCGCGAUGCCGUGACCAACGCCCGCUGCUUCGCCCGUGUCGAGCCCUCCCACAAGUCCAAGAUCGUUGAGUUCUUGCAGGGCAUGGAUGAGAUCACGGCCAUGACUGGUGAUGGAGUGAACGAUGCCCCUGCCUUGAAGAAGGCAGAGAUUGGCAUCGCCAUGGGCUCUGGCACUGCCGUGGCCAAGUCAGCCUCUGAGAUGGUCCUGGCCGAUGACAACUUCUCUUCCAUCGUGGCGGCUGUGGAGGAGGGCAGGGCCAUCUACAACAACAUGAAGCAGUUCAUCCGCUACCUCAUCUCCUCCAACGUGGGAGAGGUCGUCUGUAUCUUCCUGACGGCUGCUCUGGGCUUCCCUGAGGCUCUGAUCCCAGUUCAGCUGCUGUGGGUCAACCUGGUGACAGACGGUCUCCCUGCCACUGCACUGGGCUUCAACCCCCCCGACCUGGACAUCAUGAACAAGCCCCCCCGCAGCGCCAAGGAGCCCCUUAUCUCCGGAUGGCUCUUCUUCAGAUACCUGGCCAUCGGAUGCUAUGUGGGAGCUGCCACAGUGGGAGCCGCUACCUGGUGGUUCGUGGCCGCUGAGGACGGCCCUAUGAUCUCCCUGUACCAGCUGAGCCACUUCCUGCAGUGUUCUCCUGACAACCCUGACUUUGCCGACCUGGAGUGUCAUGUGUUUGAGUCCCCCUACCCAAUGACCAUGGCCCUGUCUGUGCUUGUCACCAUUGAGAUGUGCAAUGCCCUUAACAGCCUGUCAGAGAACCAGUCCCUGCUGCGGAUGCCCCCCUGGGAAAACAUCUGGCUGCUGGGGGCCAUCUGCCUCUCCAUGUCCCUCCACUUCCUCAUCCUCUACGUAGAGCCACUGCCGGUCAUUUUUCAGAUCACCCCUCUGGACCUGACCCAGUGGCUGGUGGUGUUGAAGAUCUCCCUGCCCGUCAUCCUGCUUGAUGAGCUGCUAAAGUUCGUGGCCAGGAACUACCUGGAACCCGGUAACCAGCCAGAGUAUAAGUCAUCCGGCAAAGGCUGGUCCCCCUCUGCAUGCACGGAGGGCAUCUCCUGGCCCUUUGUGGGCAUCACCCUCCCGCUGGUGCUGUGGCUCUACAGCAUCGACACUAAUGUGUCUGCCCUGUUCUGGUCCUGACUGACUCCAGCACACAACCCUCCCAGUGCACCAGUGUGAGUGGAGAUUAACACACAUCUAACAACCCCCCCCCCCCCCAUUAACCAGGAUCAACUACAACAACCACAUCAACUGCAGUGAGCGCUCAAGUCAACAUUUGUACCUGUGUCGACGACAGAUACUAUCUGUGAGCCCUCUCCUAGGUUUGUCUCCAGGACAUUUUUGUCCAUCCAGUUUUUUUUUUACCAUUCACUAUUCCCUGAGGUUAAUCAUUUGUCCGUGUGUCUUCGUUUUAUAUCAAGCUGUUGGUUGUGUUUUGUCCCCCCCCCCUUUUUUUGAACAGGCGUAAAAAUCAUCUAUUUAUGAGACAUCUACAGAGAAUUAACACUAUUUUAUCAAGAUGAAGAUUUUUGUAGCUUUGGGAAAGGGUAGGUGGGGGCGGGCAGCCGGGACCCAUAAGCGACGUGCACAGGACUUAGACGUUUGACUCUUGUUUUCAGUGUGAACUUUCACCUCUAAAGACCUUGUGGAUAAGUAUGGUGUGUCGUAACUGUAAGGACCAUCAUUUGCACUGACUCAGAAGUCUGCACAAAAACAUGCAUGUAUUCUGCCCUGGCAUGAGUAACUGAGAUUUCUUCAACAAUAAAUGUUUCCUUCCCGUUUGAUCUCCAUGUUUUCUUUCUGCACUAGGCACAGCUACCUCAACGCUAAUAAUAUGACUACUGAUAACUACCCGUGUUUCUCACUAAGCUUUUCAUAAACAUUGUCAUAUUGAGUGUUGAGGUAUGCACCAUUUUGCUUUUGCAGAAAGAAAUAAAGCCCUCAUUUGCCUUUCAUGUUAUUUUAAGAUCUUUUUUAAAAAGUUUUAUCUGUGUUCUUUUUAUGUUUCUUGAGUGGGGUUAGGACUAAAUGUUACCUUAGUUCGAUUCAAAGCAAUUAUUUUAUAUAGACAAGCCUGUCGUUAAACACGUUUACUUGAACACAACAUAUUCUAUUGUUAUUCCCAUAAAGGUUCACUUUUUUUAGGUUUAGCUUUCAUUUACGGGCACUGUAGUUUCUUUAUUACAAUAAUUAUGAUAUAGAUUAUGUAUAUUGUGCACAUACUGUACUUGAAUAUGUAUAAAUGCACCAAGGGGCUGAUUUAUCUUAUCAGUUGAGCACAAGAUGGAUGCUUGGUGGGACCUUUAUGUGGUCUGGAUUGCCUGUUUGGGUAUGUCACUAAGCGGAGACUGCUUUGGCCAUAGUAUAUAGGCCCAACUCUAAAAGGCUAAGAUGACUGGCUGGUAGAAGAGUCUGUAUAUCUGUACAUAGCACACAAAAUAGUAUCUAUGUGAUGGAGUUUUACAGUGCCUCCAUACCUUUACACUAGUUUACUUGUGUGUUUUAGACACACUGUAGGUAGGUAUUCCUGGAAAGCAUGCCCUCGCCGAUACCAGGCCAGUAAGCGCUUGAGAUUUCUUAAACCUAACUGCUAUUUCUUCCAAUGCCUUCUGCCUGUUAACCCAACAAAGUGAGUACCCUCUGCCUGCAUGCUUUCUGCCCACUAGUGUCUCCUCUCAUCCUGUCGCUGUCACACACCGAGCCUUGCUGUCUGAGUCUGACAGCAGUAACUCUUCUCCUUGUUGAAAGAAUAAGUGUCGAGUCUGUGCUCUUGGUCUUUGAUACAUUCUUUAAAUGGUACCAUUCCAUGAGUGAUAUUACAUUAAGUGUCAGCCAAACCUACACUAUAGGAUUAAGACCCUGUGUCUGUCUUAGUUCCACCUGGAUCAAGUCUGUUUUUAAGGGAUUGAUGUGUAAAGUCAUUACUGGUAGCAAGUUUUGUCCUCUGACAUGCGACUCGCAGGGCAUGGUGUUUCACUUAAUAUGGCUUACUGCAUUUAUUCCCAUCCUGCUUGUAUGUGGCAUGGCCCUAGACAUUAUGACUGUAAGUAGAAAAUGAAGCAGUAGAUUACCUUUUAAUAAUGGCUUUUUGUUCACCAUGCCUUUUUAAAUGUCUAGUGAGGAAGCCAUGCCUCUGGUUUGCACCUUUUGCUUCUUUGACCUAUGCCAUAUUUCUGUCGUCCUCUGAUUGAUUGGUUUCUCUCUUUCUCUGUUCUCUCUGCAGCUAGUGCCGUGUAAACCCGCCCCUCUAAAUCCCUUGCAGGAACUGUAAGGUUUUAGUGUUGUGUAUGUGUUUUUUGAGCAGCACCACAUCUUCCAAGACCUGCAUGUCAAAGAGAUAAAGACAUGAUUGAUACAUUUCAUAAGCAAUUCCAUUACAAAAAAAAGUACUAAUAAUCAAAUGGUAAAUAUUUUAAACAGAAUGGGCAUAAAUGGGUAUGAAGUGUUUUUGGAAUCAAAUGAACCAGUCCCUCAACCCUUACUGCAUGGGGAGCCUUAGUGGCCUUCAAACUAGACAAGACAGAGUUCUCAUGCCAUCUUAAUAAACUUAGAUGUCAUAGUUUUAUAUUAAUGUACAAUAUUCCAUGAUGCAUGUCCUCUGAAGCAGUGAAUUAUUUGAUCAGAUGUGUAAUAGUUAAUGUAUAGUAUUGCUAAAUUAAAGACAUUCAUUUACGAACAAUAGUACAAUCUUUUCCUAAGGAAAUCUUUUUUUGAAUAGGAUGUGUAAAAUAACGACUAUUUGCUUUGCACUGUGAUGUGCGAUAUGUUUGAAGCAGAUUUUGCAGUAUCUGGGAAGGGCGGAGGUGCGGUGAUGCAUACAUUAUCUUGAAAGCAGUCAGUCCCUUCAAUGGCACGUGUUUGCCAAACUGUACUGCAAUUUCAGAGCUGACGAUUGUAUUAUGUAUCACAUGAUUUGUGGUUUCAGGUAAAUAAAGCGAUUAUACAUGA